CUCCUCCUCCGCCGCUAGUCCACCUCCCAGUGCGCGGCGGAAUCCCGCGACGCGGUCGCGACGGAGUUGUAGCUGGGCUGCAUGAUCCACCACGGCAAUCUUCUCCCCUUCGUCUAAAGCCUCGCGCCCAAAACCCCUUAGUCCGUCGAUGGCGGACGCGGAUGCCGCCGAGACCGUCGGCGCCGCGUAUAUGCCGGUCGCGCCGCCGCUGGUUUUGCCGGACGCCGCAGUGCCUCCGCCGAUGCCGGCGGCAGUGACCGUCGUCACCCUGCCGCCUGUAGCCGCUGACGCCAUGGAGGCCGCCGUCGCGGCUAUGUCGGUCGCUCUGCUUCCUCCACCGCCCGAGCAAAUGAGUCAGUCUGUGAUGGGUGGUGGAGAGGACUCAGAGGAAGAGUGUUUGCAAGGUGAAUUCCAUGAGAGUCAGUCUGUGAUGGGUGGUGGAGAGGACUCAGAGGAAGAGUGUUUGCAAGGUGAAUUCCAUGAGGCUGUUGAAAGCAUUGAGGUUCUGCUAUCUUCUCUUGCUGAUAAUCAGAAGCCCUAUGACAUGAUGGGCUAUAUCAUCACAGAGAAGAAUGAAUGUGAGCAGGACAGAGAAUCUCUUCCAGAGAAGAAGCUUUACUUUCAGAAGAAGCUGCCUGAGGUGACCGUUCAGGCUUUGGGGCAUUUACUAGAAGAGGAGCAGCCAGCCAUGGCCAUUUCUGAUAACAGCAAGGAAAGUGACAAACAAAUACCACCUCCAUCACCAUGUCCUUCAGACGAACAGCAAAAACCUAAGGACAAUGGUGAUCUUUCAGACGAUUCCCCUAACUCUAGUGACCAUAGUGAUCAUAGUGAUGGUGAACAUCAUUACGACAUUCCAAUACAUAGUCUGUACAAGUAUGACCCGUUUCGAUUUAUGCAUGGAAGAGAGAGAAGAAAUUGUGGAUAUUCAUGUAGUUUUAGUGACAGAAGAAACCACUGGAAUGAUGGCUAUCCGUUUAUGUAUGGCUUUCGAAACCUAUGGAAUCCCAUGAGGAGUUGUUGGUCUUGGCCCUCUCCAGAACCAGACUGUGAGAAGGAAAGCUACACUGUGGGUGCUGGGCUAUCCAAUCCUCAUUUGUGGACAUGUUUUCUUAAUUGCAUACUCCAAUGUAUGGUUCACACAGUUCCUCUUGUAUUGAAGCUUCGGAAAACUGAUCAUCCAGAUCCAUGCCCUCGUGCUUCAAUUGGAUUCUGUUGUUACUGCUCCCUAAAACAGCAUGUCAAUGAAUCUAUCAGGCUCUCUGGAAGUUCUUUCUACCCUGAGAUUUUCAUUAAUCGCCUGAAAUCAAUUUCGUCAGAUUUUAAGAGUGGAGUACAACAAGAUGCGCAGGAGUUCCUCCGCUGUUUGCUUGAUAAAUUGGAUGAGGACUCCAUUGCUCCCAGGUCCUCUGAAGAAUCCUCUACGACUAAAGAAGGUAGUGUGGUAAAAGAAAUAUUCAGAGGGUGCUUGAAAAGCCAGUUGCGAUGUCCAGAGUGCGACCGUUGCUCAGAUAAAUCUGAGCCUUUUCUUGAUCUAAGCUUGGAUUUGAACAUGGUGGAGACUCUAAUGGAUGCUUUGCAAUCCUUUACAAAUACUGAGUUAAUCAAAGACUUCAUGUGUGAUGGAUGCAAAUCUCGUGUGAGCAUGGAAAAACACUUCAAGAUAGAGCAGGCGCCUGAAGUGCUUGUAAUCCAUCUCAAGCGAUUCACUAAUUCUGAGUCUAAGAUUUGGGACAAGGUCAAGUAUCCGUUGGAGCUGGAUAUAAACUCCUUCAUGAGUUCUUCGGAUGAUACACUGCAGAAGUAUGAUUUGUAUGGAGUUGUAGAACACCUCGGUGCAUAUGGCAGUGGUCACUAUGUUUGUUAUAUCCGGUCAUCUGAAGCUGAUUGGUACAAAUUUAACGAUGACAAGGUCUACCAAUGUUCCGUGGAUAGCGCUUUGGAAAAUGCAGCAUAUCUUCUUUUCUAUGUGAAGCAAGGUUCAUCCCCGUGGUUCUCUACCUUACUUGAGAAAGAAGACAAGUGUCCACUGGAUGGUUCAGUAAGCUUGGAAGAACAAGGCAAAGUUGCUCUCGUCAACAAAGAAGAGGAGGCGACAUCUUGUCAUGGGCAAAGAAAUGGACCUACUCUCAUCGACAAAGAAGAGGAGGCGACAUCUUCUCAUGGGCAAGGAAAUGGACCUACUUUGCCAGACCUAUCUGAACAGUUACAAAGGAAUGGAAAUGGCAAUACCUUGUCGGAUGCAUCAGAUGAACUGGAAGAAGGUUUCAGGCUGGGUGAAACAUCAACAGGAACACAAGGACCUAGCUGUCUUAUUGGAUCAGACAAGAAUGGCCAUGCCGAUGGGUGUUGGGAGCCGUCAGGUAAGAUGAAGGAUGUCAGCCCAAGGGGGUCACUGAACAGGAAGGAAAUGAAGCCAAGCACAUGUGGAUCUUUAGAAGUUGAUCAUGCUGUUACACAUGGUGGCUCUCCUCGAAAGAAUGAGAAUAAUUGCCACUUGCUCCAACUUUCACAUAAAUGCAAAGAUAACUGUGACUCUUUAGAAGUUGAUCAUGCAGUUACACAGGGAGGCUCUCCUCGAAAGAAUGAGAACUAUUGCCACUUACUCCAACUUCCACACAAACGCAAAGACAACUGUUGUCACAGGAAUCUCUCCUUGCAAGGUGGUGGGGAAGAAGGCAGAGGAAGAGGAGGGGGCCAGAUUAAGAAGCGGAAGUCUGCCGCUGGUGUUGAGAGUAAGAAGCGGAAGUCUGCUGAUGGUGGCGAGUCAAAGGCAUUAAGGAAGCGCCAGAAGACGAAGCACCGCACCGUAGCAAGGCAGUUCGCUCUCUGUUGGUGGAAGUGGCAGGUACAGUAGGGAAAUCGAAGACGAGGCAAGGUGACGACAUAUGGUGAGUUGGCGACUAACCAGCAACCACGGCGUAUAUAGGUAGAAGAAACGGCAGGGCUUGUACGAUAGGAUAACAUGUGUGUCUGGCUGAAGGAAUGAGUUAGUCCAUCACCUACUUAUUUGUUAUUUCUUGUUUUUUUUGUUUGAUUUAUGGAAUAGACUAGGUUGAUGCAUUA